UCCUCCUCCUCUCCUCCCCCUCACCCUUUCCCCUUCCUUCUUUUCUCCCUCCCUUCUUAGGAACUGGUUCAACCAGAGUACAACCCACUCAUCUGCCGCUGGCCCUGGAGAACUUGAGGAGCUCUAAGCGCAGCAGCAGGGCUCCAGAAGGAGCUGCAGCGGCCUCCACGAGCACCCGCCCGGGAAUCCAUGCGAGGCCCGCGCCACCCGGGACUCGCCCAUGAGGCCUCCGCCGCGCCCCGGAAGGAAGACCGGCGGCUUUUCCCUGGGGAUCCUCACCUUGUGCCUGGUUGCAGCCGGCUGUUUGCAGAACUGCCAUCCAUGAACUGUUGCUGCUGUGCCACUCGGACUUGGAGCCAGCCAAUUAUGGACUAAAACCUCUAUGAACUGUCAGGGUGUGUCACUGUACAUUCCUCACUCCGCCAUCAAUGCCACUGUACAAGAAGACAUCCUGCUGUCAGUUGACUACUACUGCCACGGGGUGCCCACCAUCGAAUGGAAGUACACAUCCAACUGGGGCGAGCAGAAGAUCGUGGAAUGGAAACCAGGGACUCAGGUUAACAUCUCUGAAAGCCACAAGGACAGAGUCUGCACCUUUGACAAUGGCUCCAUCCAGCUCUUCAGUGUUGGCGUGAGGGAUUCUGGUUACUAUGUCAUCACCGUGACAGAGCACCUGGGGAGCAGCCAGUUUGGCUCCAUCGUGCUGCAUGUGUCUGAGAUCCGCUAUGAAGACCUCCACUUUGUUGCUGUCUUUAUUGCUUUACUUGCUGCUGUGGCCGCAGUGUUAAUCAGCCUCAUAUGGGUUUGUAAUAGGUGUGCAUAUAAAUUCCAGAGGAAGAGGAGACACAAACUUAAAGAAAGCACAACUGAGGAGAUUGAGCUGCAAAAUGUUGAGUGUUAGCUAAGGCUGGGCCCAAUUACAUUCCUACCUCAAGAGGAAAACAUUUUCCAGCCAAAGGAAAAACACAGCCAAUUUACUCUACAGCUUCCUGUAGUCCUGCCAUUCAACCCAUUCCUGAUGGGAUAGCCUGAAGGCAACAAAGUUGACUGCAUGAAGUUGGAGACCAUGGAUUGGACAAAAUCAAUUCUAGGGAUUGCACUGGUUCAAGAAGAAGAGAGACUGAGGCUUUCAACCAGGAGCCCUGCUUGGCUACAGCUUCAGGAUAUGCUAACCCGUAACCAAUGGCAUAGAGCAAGCACUAGCUGUUGCUCAUGACACUGGCUUUGACCCCAGGCAUGGCCUAUUGGAGAAGUCCCUUUGUCAGGGACUCUUGAUGUGCAGCCAGCCCUGGAACACUCUCUGUGCUUUUGUGCUCCUGUCUGCUCUGCACACUACUGUACCCUCCAAACCCCUUUCUCAAAUCCUACCACCACUGCUAUGGGAGCUCCUGAGAAAACCUGAGGCAUUUAGACAAUCUGCUGCCUCAGAAGCAGAGGUAGAAAGAGCUUUGGUGGUGAGAGGAUGCUAUUGUGCUGUAGUGAUUUGCUCAGAGGUGAGGCCUAGUACCUUGGAGCUUUAGGAAGAGGAGCUCAGUAUACUCGGGGGCCAGCUUUGAAUGCAGAGAAUAAGGACAAUAUGCUUUCUCUUCCUCUCUUGUUGUGAAAUUCAUUGCAUUUUCCCUCUCAUGGCCCAACCUUAGGCCAAUGUGAAGAAAACAAGGCUCAUCUCCACUAUGGGCAGCCUCUGACCUCCCGGCAGAGUGAUGCCUGUGUGGAACCUGAGCCUGCAGAGUGGGUGGUACAACUGGAACAUCAGUAAUCUUGGGCUUCAGAUCUGUCUCUCUCUGUCACCAACACUUCAUGACUCCAGUCAAGCCCUUGCUCUCUCCUACUUGGGUUAAGGAACACUUGGCCAUCACCUACCUCACAGUAAGUGUAUCAAGAGAAGCACACAGUAUGCCUAGAGCACUGUGAGCAAUUUAAGAAAAGCAUGAGAACUCUUCAAGGAUCUAGAAAGCUGUACUGGAAAAUACUGUACCAAAUAUUGGAAAUUAAAAUGACCUGAGUUAUUGUGGUUCCAGCUAAGUGUAGAGAUUAGGUUUUAGCUGCCAUUUCUUGGUCACAAUGUUUACCCAAAAGUUUUCCAUCCCAACUUCCAUUUGGCAAGCUCUAAAAGCAGGCAUGAAUUUGUUUUUUGUUCUCUUUUUUUCUCUCCAAUAUUCAUAGCUACAAUUAAAGUUACUACCCUGAUUAUGAUGGAGGUUGAGGUCACUACCUGUGUUCCCAGGCCUCAACUGAAAAUUCACAUGUGUAAAGGUGAAGAAGUGCUAGAAUAUUUCUUUCUCUUUCCUUUCAGGUCACCGAUGUCCUUAUCUUUUCCAUUUCCCAUGUGGAAGGUAAAGGGUUAUCUGGAGAAGUUUGUUAGAGGCCUUUCCCUAAAUAACAAAGCCAGAGCUACAGGAAGGGAUCACUUGGAGUAUUCAGGCAGGAACUAGCAGUAUCUGGAGAAGGGCUCCAAAGGCAUACUUGAAUCAAAAGUCAAAAGAGCAAAGUUUACACAAGUGACAUGUACCUCUGGCACCUGACACAUAGGAGAUACUCUCAGGCCAUGUCCUGUGUGCACGCAUGCAAACUUGCAUGCCUGUACUCCCUCCACAGGCAGCAGCCAGAGAAGCCAGCCCUGUGCCAAGACAGUUUCCACGUGUUCUGUGAAGAAUCGGGGUGAGGAGUGCUUGAGAAAAAGGGGAUCAAGGAUGAUUUGGUUAUGUUUUUCUCCUCUUUCUCACAGAAAGCCCAGCAGCAUGAGAUGUGUUUGGAGCUGGGUAGCUGCUGGAGUGUAUGCCUCCUCACCAGAACUCUACUUUUCAGCUUGUUAGCAGUCAGGACUAGUAAGCUUCAUCGUAAAAAAAAUGGAAAAGGACAUACAGAGAAGGCCUCCAUGGGCAAACUCAGAUGCAAAUUAGAUUGCUCCCAAAGAAUCUCAAAGUUUCUAUUUUUUUGAAAAGAGGAUUUAUUUAUGCAUUUAAAAAACUCUUUAACUUUUAAAUUCCAGAGGCUGAGGUUUUUGUCUUCUAUUUAAAAAAAAGAGAGAGAAUAUUAAAUCUCUCAAUAGAUUGGCCAGUGUAAAAUUGUUGUGUUUCAAGCUGUGAAAAAAAUUGUUUUAAAAAAAUGAAUGAAAUAAAACAUGAAUAUAAA